AUGGGCGGGGAUGGUUGCAUGGGCGGGGAUGAGUGCAUGGGCGGGGAUGGUUGCAUGGGCGGGGAUGGUUGCAUGGGCGGGGAUGAGUGCAUGGGCGGGGAUGGUUGCAUGGGCGGGGAUGGUUGCAUGGGCGGGGAUGAGUGCAUGGGCGGGGAUGGUUGCAUGGGCGGGGAUGGUUGCAUGGGCGGGGAUGGUUGCAUGGGCGGGGAUGAGUGCAUGGGCGGGGAUGGUUGCAUGGGCGGGGAUGGUUGCAUGGGCGGGGAUGGUUGCAUGGGCGGGGAUGAGUGCAUGGGCGGGGAUGGUUGCAUGGGCGGGGAUGAGUGCAUGGGCGGGGAUGGUUGCAUGGGCGGGGAUGGUUGCAUGGGCGGGGAUGGUUGCAUGGGCGGGGAUGAGUGCAUGGGCGGGGAUGGUUGCAUGGGCGGGGAUGAGUGCAUGGGCGGGGAUGAGUGCAUGGGCGGGGAUGGUUGCAUGGGCGGGGAUGGUUGCAUGGGCGGGGAUGGUUGCAUGGGCGGGGAUGGUUGCAUGGGCGGGGAUGAGUGCAUGGGCGGGGAUGAGUGCAUGGGCGGGGAUGGUUGCAUGGGCGGGGAUGGUUGCAUGGGCGGGGAUGGUUGCAUGGGCGGGGAUGGUUGCAUGGGCGGGGAUGAGUGCAUGGGCGGGGAUGGUUGCAUGGGCGGGGAUGAGUGCAUGGGCGGGGAUGAGUGCAUGGGCGGGGAUGGUUGCAUGGGCGGGGAUGAGUGCAUGGGCGGGGAUGGUUGCAUGGGCGGGGAUGGUUGCAUGGGCGGGGAUGGUUGCAUGGGCGGGGAUGAGUGCAUGGGCGGGGAUGGUUGCAUGGGCGGGGAUGAGUGCAUGGGCGGGGAUGGUUGCAUGGGCGGGGAUGGUUGCAUGGGCGGGGAUGGUUGCAUGGGCGGGGAUGGUUGCAUGGGCGGGGAUGGUUGCAUGGGCGGGGAUGGUUGCAUGGGCGGGGAUGGUUGCAUGGGCGGGGAUGAGUGCAUGGGCGGGGAUGGUUGCAUGGGCGGGGAUGGUUGCAUGGGCGGGGAUGGUUGCAUGGGCGGGGAUGGUUGCAUGGGCGGGGAUGAGUGCAUGGGCGGGGAUGGUUGCAUGGGCGGGGAUGAGUGCAUGGGCGGGGAUGGUUGCAUGGGCGGGGAUGGUUGCAUGGGCGGGGAUGGUUGCAUGGGCGGGGAUGAGUGCAUGGGCGGGGAUGGUUGCAUGGGCGGGGAUGGUUGCAUGGGCGGGGAUGGUUGCAUGGGCGGGGAUGGUUGCAUGGGCGGGGAUGAGUGCAUGGGCGGGGAUGAGUGCAUGGGCGGGGAUGAGUGCAUGGGCGGGGAUGGUUGCAUGGGCGGGGAUGGUUGCAUGGGCGGGGAUGGUUGCAUGGGCGGGGAUGAGUGCAUGGGCGGGGAUGAGUGCAUGGGCGGGGAUGGUUGCAUGGGCGGGGAUGGUUGCAUGGGCGGGGAUGGUUGCAUGGGCGGGGAUGAGUGCAUGGGCGGGGAUGGUUGCAUGGGCGGGGAUGAGUGCAUGGGCGGGGAUGGUUGCAUGGGCGGGGAUGGUUGCAUGGGCGGGGAUGGUUGCAUGGGCGGGGAUGGUUGCAUGGGCGGGGAUGAGUGCAUGGGCGGGGAUGGUUGCAUGGGCGGGGAUGGUUGCAUGGGCGGGGAUGGUUGCAUGGGCGGGGAUGAGUGCAUGGGCGGGGAUGAGUGCAUGGGCGGGGAUGGUUGCAUGGGCGGGGAUGGUUGCAUGGGCGGGGAUGGUUGCAUGGGCGGGGAUGGUUGCAUGGGCGGGGAUGGUUGCAUGGGCGGGGAUGAGUGCAUGGGCGGGGAUGAGUGCAUGGGCGGGGAUGGUUGCAUGGGCGGGGAUGAGUGCAUGGGCGGGGAUGAGUGCAUGGGCGGGGAUGGUUGCAUGGGCGGGGAUGGUUGCAUGGGCGGGGAUGGUUGCAUGGGCGGGGAUGGUUGCAUGGGCGGGGAUGGUUGCAUGGGCGGGGAUGAGUGCAUGGGCGGGGAUGAGUGCAUGGGCGGGGAUGGUUGCAUGGGCGGGGAUGAGUGCAUGGGCGGGGAUGGUUGCAUGGGCGGGGAUGGUUGCAUGGGCGGGGAUGGUUGCAUGGGCGGGGAUGGUUGCAUGGGCGGGGAUGGUUGCAUGGGCGGGGAUGAGUGCAUGGGCGGGGAUGGUUGCAUGGGCGGGGAUGGUUGCAUGGGCGGGGAUGGUUGCAUGGGCGGGGAUGAGUGCAUGGGCGGGGAUGAGUGCAUGGGCGGGGAUGGUUGCAUGGGCGGGGAUGGUUGCAUGGGCGGGGAUGGUUGCAUGGGCGGGGAUGGUUGCAUGGGCGGGGAUGGUUGCAUGGGCGGGGAUGAGUGCAUGGGCGGGGAUGAGUGCAUGGGCGGGGAUGGUUGCAUGGGCGGGGAUGGUUGCAUGGGCGGGGAUGGUUGCAUGGGCGGGGAUGGUUGCAUGGGCGGGGAUGAGUGCAUGGGCGGGGAUGGUUGCAUGGGCGGGGAUGGUUGCAUGGGCGGGGAUGGUUGCAUGGGCGGGGAUGGUUGCAUGGGCGGGGAUGAGUGCAUGGGCGGGGAUGGUUGCAUGGGCGGGGAUGGUUGCAUGGGCGGGGAUGGUUGCAUGGGCGGGGAUGGUUGCAUGGGCGGGGAUGGUUGCAUGGGCGGGGAUGAGUGCAUGGGCGGGGAUGAGUGCAUGGGCGGGGAUGGUUGCAUGGGCGGGGAUGGUUGCAUGGGCGGGGAUGAGUGCAUGGGCGGGGAUGGUUGCAUGGGCGGGGAUGGUUGCAUGGGCGGGGAUGGUUGCAUGGGCGGGGAUGGUUGCAUGGGCGGGGAUGGUUGCAUGGGCGGGGAUGAGUGCAUGGGCGGGGAUGGUUGCAUGGGCGGGGAUGGUUGCAUGGGCGGGGAUGGUUGCAUGGGCGGGGAUGGUUGCAUGGGCGGGGAUGAGUGCAUGGGCGGGGAUGGUUGCAUGGGCGGGGAUGAGUGCAUGGGCGGGGAUGGUUGCAUGGGCGGGGAUGGUUGCAUGGGCGGGGAUGGUUGCAUGGGCGGGGAUGAGUGCAUGGGCGGGGAUGGUUGCAUGGGCGGGGAUGGUUGCAUGGGCGGGGAUGGUUGCAUGGGCGGGGAUGAGUGCAUGGGCGGGGAUGGUUGCAUGGGCGGGGAUGAGUGCAUGGGCGGGGAUGGUUGCAUGGGCGGGGAUGGUUGCAUGGGCGGGGAUGGUUGCAUGGGCGGGGAUGAGUGCAUGGGCGGGGAUGGUUGCAUGGGCGGGGAUGAGUGCAUGGGCGGGGAUGGUUGCAUGGGCGGGGAUGAGUGCAUGGGCGGGGAUGGUUGCAUGGGCGGGGAUGAGUGCAUGGGCGGGGAUGGUUGCAUGGGCGGGGAUGAGUGCAUGGGCGGGGAUGGUUGCAUGGGCGGGGAUGGUUGCAUGGGCGGGGAUGAGUGCAUGGGCGGGGAUGAGUGCAUGGGCGGGGAUGAGUGCAUGGGCGGGGAUGGUUGCAUGGGCGGGGAUGGUUGCAUGGGCGGGGAUGAGUGCAUGGGCGGGGAUGAGUGCAUGGGCGGGGAUGAGUGCAUGGGCGGGGAUGGUUGCAUGGGCGGGGAUGGUUGCAUGGGCGGGGAUGGUUGCAUGGGCGGGGAUGGUUGCAUGGGCGGGGAUGGUUGCAUGGGCGGGGAUGGUUGCAUGGGCGGGGAUGAGUGCAUGGGCGGGGAUGGUUGCAUGGGCGGGGAUGGUUGCAUGGGCGGGGAUGGUUGCAUGGGCGGGGAUGAGUGCAUGGGCGGGGAUGAGUGCAUGGGCGGGGAUGGUUGCAUGGGCGGGGAUGGUUGCAUGGGCGGGGAUGGUUGCAUGGGCGGGGAUGGUUGCAUGGGCGGGGAUGAGUGCAUGGGCGGGGAUGGUUGCAUGGGCGGGGAUGAGUGCAUGGGCGGGGAUGGUUGCAUGGGCGGGGAUGAGUGCAUGGGCGGGGAUGAGUGCAUGGGCGGGGAUGGUUGCAUGGGCGGGGAUGGUUGCAUGGGCGGGGAUGGUUGCAUGGGCGGGGAUGGUUGCAUGGGCGGGGAUGGUUGCAUGGGCGGGGAUGAGUGCAUGGGCGGGGAUGAGUGCAUGGGCGGGGAUGGUUGCAUGGGCGGGGAUGGUUGCAUGGGCGGGGAUGGUUGCAUGGGCGGGGAUGGUUGCAUGGGCGGGGAUGAGUGCAUGGGCGGGGAUGGUUGCAUGGGCGGGGAUGGUUGCAUGGGCGGGGAUGGUUGCAUGGGCGGGGAUGGUUGCAUGGGCGGGGAUGGUUGCAUGGGCGGGGAUGGUUGCAUGGGCGGGGAUGGUUGCAUGGGCGGGGAUGAGUGCAUGGGCGGGGAUGGUUGCAUGGGCGGGGAUGAGUGCAUGGGCGGGGAUGGUUGCAUGGGCGGGGAUGGUUGCAUGGGCGGGGAUGAGUGCAUGGGCGGGGAUGGUUGCAUGGGCGGGGAUGAGUGCAUGGGCGGGGAUGGUUGCAUGGGCGGGGAUGAGUGCAUGGGCGGGGAUGAGUGCAUGGGCGGGGAUGAGUGCAUGGGCGGGGAUGAGUGCAUGGGCGGGGAUGGUUGCAUGGGCGGGGAUGUGUGCAUGGGCGGGGAUGGUUGCAUGGGCGGGGAUGGUUGCAUGGGCGGGGAUGGUUGCAUGGGCGGGGAUGGUUGCAUGGGCGGGGAUGGUUGCAUGGGCGGGGAUGAGUGCAUGGGCGGGGAUGGUUGCAUGGGCGGGGAUGGUUGCAUGGGCGGGGAUGAGUGCAUGGGCGGGGAUGGUUGCAUGGGCGGGGAUGAGUGCAUGGGCGGGGAUGGUUGCAUGGGCGGGGAUGAGUGCAUGGGCGGGGAUGAGUGCAUGGGCGGGGAUGAGUGCAUGGGCGGGGAUGGUUGCAUGGGCGGGGAUGGUUGCAUGGGCGGGGAUGAGUGCAUGGGCGGGGAUGGUUGCAUGGGCGGGGAUGAGUGCAUGGGCGGGGAUGGUUGCAUGGGCGGGGAUGGUUGCAUGGGCGGGGAUGAGUGCAUGGGCGGGGAUGAGUGCAUGGGCGGGGAUGAGUGCAUGGGCGGGGAUGAGUGCAUGGGCGGGGAUGGUUGCAUGGGCGGGGAUGAGUGCAUGGGCGGGGAUGGUUGCAUGGGCGGGGAUGAGUGCAUGGGCGGGGAUGAGUGCAUGGGCGGGGAUGAGUGCAUGGGCGGGGAUGGUUGCAUGGGCGGGGAUGGUUGCAUGGGCGGGGAUGAGUGCAUGGGCGGGGAUGGUUGCAUGGGCGGGGAUGAGUGCAUGGGCGGGGAUGAGUGCAUGGGCGGGGAUGGUUGCAUGGGCGGGGAUGAGUGCAUGGGCGGGGAUGGUUGCAUGGGCGGGGAUGAGUGCAUGGGCGGGGAUGAGUGCAUGGGCGGGGAUGGUUGCAUGGGCGGGGAUGAGUGCAUGGGCGGGGAUGAGUGCAUGGGCGGGGAUGGUUGCAUGGGCGGUUGCAUGGGCGGGGAUGAGUGCAUGGGGCGGGGAUGGUUGCAUGGGCGGGGGAUGGUUGCAUGGGCGGGGAUGGUUGCAUGGGCGGGGAUGAGUGCAUGGGCGGGGAUGAGUGCAUGGGCGGGGAUGAGUGCAUGGGCGGGGAUGGUUGCAUGGGCGGGGAUGAGUGCAAUGGGCGGGGAUGGUUGCAUGGGCGGGGAUGAGUGCAUGGGCGGGAUGAGUGCAUGGGCGGGGAUGAGUGCAUGGGCGGGGAUGAGUGCAUGGGCGGGGGAUGAGUGCAUGGGCGGGGAUGAUUGCAUGGGCGGGGGAUGA